AUGAAUACGCAACCAUCAAUCGCUUUACCAGCUGAUACAUUUUCACCAGGUGUUCAGCAAAUGAUGCGUCCAGCUAUGCAAAAUAAUAACAAUAGUAAUAAUAAUAAUAUGACCAGUAAUAAUAUGAACAUGAAUAUGAAUAAUAUGAAUAAUAUGAAUAUGGCCAUGAAUAAUAACAAUAAUAUUAGUACAAAUAUUACUAAUGUUGGAACUCCUAAUAGUACAACUUCUGUUUCAGCUGCUGUCUCUGCAUCUGUUUCACCUUCUAAUAAUACACCAACUUCUUCAUCUUCAAAUAAAGAUAAAGAAAAAAAAUCCAAGAGAAAGAGAAAUAGAAUUCCUUUAUCAUGUACUAUUUGUCGUAAACGUAAAGUUAAAUGUGAUAAAAUUAGACCACAUUGUAAUCAAUGUACAAAGACAGGUGUAGCUCAUUUAUGUCAUUAUAUGGAACAAUCAUGGGCUGAGGAAGCUGAAAAGGAACUUUCAAAAGAAGCUGAAUUGAAAAAUUUAAGAGAUAGAGUAAAAUAUUUAGAAAAAGCUUUAUCAAAAAUUCACUCUUCAAAUUCAAAUUCAAAUACAGUAGCUAAUACCCCAGAUAAUAAUAAUAUGAAUAUAAACAGUCCAGUUCCUUCUAUUGGUAAUAGUAAUAGUAAUAACAGUAAUGGUAAUAAUAGUAUGUUAGUCAUGAAUGAUUCAUCAACAUCCUCAAAUGCUAGUGGUGGUGCAGAUCGUCAAACUCAAUCAAAUUCAGAUGAUUUAGGCUCUUUAGUUUCAACUACUAAUCAUCCAAGUACUGCUAAUCCAAGAGAUAAAUAUGAUAAUGAUGAAUUGGAUUUAACAAAACAAUUCGAUAUGUUACAUAUAAAAAAUAAUGGGACAAUUCAUUUAGGGGCUACUCAUUGGUUAGCUAUUAUGAAAGGUGAUCCAUAUUUAAAAUUAUUAUGGGGUCAUAUCUUUAAUAUUAGAGAAAGAGUUAAUGAUUGGUACUCUCAAAGGAUGGUAGGUAAUUCAGGUGGUGCUACUAAUGGUAAACGUCCUCCUCAUCAAUCAAAAAGUUUCCAAAAUUUACAAUCUGCUUCUUCAGGGAAAUGUCCAAUUGAUUAUAAAAGUUUAGUUGGUACCGCACAAGCCAAAGCUAUGGGUAUCAAAACAGAUACCCCGCCACCACCAAACUCUGCUUCGAGCUCAACUCCCGUUGCUCCACAUCCUUUACCUGCUGGCUCUUCAGGUGAUAUCAGUAAAUGUCCAGUGGCUCACAGAUUUGUAGAUGUUAGACCUGCAGUUAAGAAAGAACCACAAUCAUCGCCAAUGACAGGAAUGGCAUCUGUUGGAAGUUCUAUGUCAAUUGCUCCACAUCCUUUACCAGUUGGCUCCAAUGGAGAUAUUAGUAAAUGUCCUGUAGCACAUGGAUUUCCAAUGGAAGCUAAUGAAACUGCCGAGGACUCUGAGAGAAAUGAAAAUGAUAUGUCAAAUCAACAUAUGAAAAGAACUGAAAGUGAUAAUAAAACUAACACAAGGACGGCUCCGGUAUCUGCAACAAAUCCAUUGCCAUCGUUCCAAAAACUGACUUCGAAAUGUCCAGUACCACAUGAAACUGAACCAAGUUUAAUGGCUAAGGCCACUGAACAAAUGACUUAUGAACAAAUUAUCACUAAAGUAGUUUCAAUGUUACCACCAAGACAUAUUAUACUUACAUUUAUCGAUAAGUUUUUCAAACAUAUAUACCCAAUUAUUCCUAUUAUUGAUGAACAAAAUUUCAAAAACCAUUUGGUUCAGAUUCUUCAUGAAACACCAGAUAAGAAAUUGGAAUUACACAUGGCAAAAUCUUCAGAUUAUUGUAAUUUAGGUAUUAUGAUUAUUAUUCUAAGAUUAACAUGGUUAUCUUUACCGGCUAACAGAUGUGAAAUUAACUUGGGUAACACAGAACUAACAAACUCUUAUCUUGCAUCUCAUUUGAAUAUUAAUACAAACUCUAACAAUAAGGAAGACAACCAAUUAAUGAAACACGAAACUCCAAUGGAAUUAUUAAACUUAGUGAAGGAUAAUUUGAUCAAAUUUGACAAGAUUUCUUCAAUAUCAAACAAUAACAUUAACUUAACCACAAUUCAAUUUGCUAUUAUGUAUAAGAUAUACAUGAUGAAUUCUCCAACAGAAGGUUUUGCUAACAAGAGAAAUAACAACAGUUUCCAUAGUAUUAGUGAUCCAAACUCUCACGAUAGUGAAUUGAAUCAAAUUUUAUUAUCAUCUAUCAUCCAAAUGGCUUUUAGUUGUGGUCUACAUAGAGAUCCAGAUAAUUUUCCACAAUUAAACGUUGUAUCCACGUAUGGUCAGAGCGCAGCUGGUACAACCAUGAAUGUUGGAAAUAGCAACCAAAGAAAUAAUUCAAAUAGUAAUGGGGCUAGUGGUACUUCGGAAGGUAAUUCAAGCGCAAAGGAAAAUCAAAUAACUACAGAAAGAUUCAAGCAUACAUGGAGAAAAAUUUGGUUCUAUAUAGUUCAUUUAGAUGUUCAACAAUCUCUAACAUUAGGUACUCCAAGAUUAUUGAGAAAUCUGAAGGAUUUCAGUGAUACAAAGUUACCAUCUGCAUCUAAAAUUGAUUAUGUGCGUGAUAUCAAGGAAUUGAUUAUCAUUAAAAAUUUCAGUCUAUUUUGGCAAAUUGAUCUGGUUAUCAUUGCCGUACUAAAUAAUAUCUUAAACGUGUUCCUUGCUAAGAAUGUCAGGAAAUUCGAGCUAGAUGAAUUGAUUCAAUCUUUAUCCAAUCUGACAUAUGCCAAGAAGAGUAUCGGCGAUGUUUUAAAUGAUUUAAUUAACAAUGGGUUGUUGACAACCUCAGAAGGUUCUAUUAAUUUCCAGGACUACACUGAUGAAAGUUAUGGUUUACCAAGCUUAGAAGAAAUCAUUUCAAGUACGGCCACUCCUAUCGGGAAUUCGAGUGUUUCCAGUCCAAUGUCAGCAAUGAAUACACCUGGUUCCACUACUGGUGCCUCGCCUGCAUCUUCUGUAUCUGGUAAAAAACACUUGGGUACUCCUUCUGAAAAGAAAUUUGAAUUACCUCAUGAAUCUACAACGAAGGCACUUUUCUUUACGAAGCAUUUGACCUUAAGAAUGUUGCUUUACUUACUGAAUUACAUUCUGUUCACACAUUAUGAACCAAUGGGUAGUCAGGAUAGUGGUACUAUUGCACUAACGAAGAAUUAUGCUCAACAAACAUUAAACUUUGCUACUGAUGGGUACAGGAAUUGUUUAAUAUUCUUUAACAAUGUUAAGAGAGAUAAAAUUUUACACAACCAUUCAACUAUUUUUGAUUAUGUCAAUAUUUUGUUAACGCCACAUUGUUUAGAUAUUGGCCAUAGAGCGCUACAAUUUUUAGUUUGUUUAACACUUCGUUCGAAAUGUGGCCCAAUAGGUGGUAUGAAGGAAAAUAUAUUUUCCAACAACAGCAGUGGUGGUGAAGAUUCGGACAAUGAUUCCCAUUCUAGUGACUCGAGUUCUAACUAUGGCAGUACGAGAGAUCCAUUGGAAUUGAGCUCCAAUAUGAUAAACAACAUUGUGUUAGACUCUGUCGCUGACUUCCAACUUGCCAAUAUAUUGAUUGCAAGAAUGAAAUUGUUCCAAAAAUUGACCAAACAAAUAGCUGUUCAAUAUCCAUAUGCAGCAAGAACAUACAGAUCUACUGGUUUCUUUAUUACAUUAUUGAGUGGUCAUAAGAAGGGUGGCUUUAAUCUAACUACAUGGAAGCAUCCAAAGAUUUCCGGCUUCUUUAAAAAUGUCCCCUCAUUAAUCAUGUCAGGGAACACAGACCAAUUGAAGAGAUGCCCAGUUUACCAGGACGCUUUAGGUUUUGUUGGGCCAAGGGUUCCAUCCACCUCUUCUAAUACACAAUUACCUCCAAUAAGAUCAUCUUAUAAACCAAUUACUUAUACAAAUAGUAAUAUCCGUAAAUUAGAGCAGCAAGCCGAAAAGGAUGCUUCUGAGAAGAGAAGAAAAUUGAAUAAUACAGUAGUUACACCGGCACUAAAUCCUGGAAAAACACUAUCAUCUGGUAUCUCUUCUACUGGUAUGACUUUGGAUGGCACAAAGGUUCAAAAGGUUCCUCAAACCAUGAUGACAGGUCAACAGAGCUAUAAUGGUAACGGAACUACAUCUUAUCCAUCUGCUAUUAACUCACCAGCUCCGGCCAUGAAUAUGCAAUUAAAUGCGGCAUCGCCAGCUGCUGUGCCAUUGCCAUCUGUAUCCAAUUUCUUCCAGGAUUCUAAUAACAAUGUUGCCUCGAGGAAUAAUCUUGCAGUUAACAACGCUAAUUUGAUGAACUCUACGUUAACACCAAAUUCAGACGAUUUCUUUGUCCAGAAUUCGAACUUUGGAGAUUUAUUCGAUCCUAACAGCGUCAUGGCAGCCAUCAACGAAUUCAAUCCGAUGUCUGAGAUGGGUGCUCCAAAUACAAACAAUAUUGAUAAUUUUGCUCAAGGCGGUUUGAACGGGAACAUGAGCAUGGGUAGUAUGGCGUCUGUUAUGAAUAUGCAAGGGAAUGGUAUGAAUACCGGUGCUACCGGUAUGCCAAAUAUGGGAAAUAAUGGUAACUACGCAAACAAUAUGAAUAAUGCUAACCCAGUGACAUAUGAUAAUAUGUCAGGGUUUGCUGGACCCGCUAUGAUGAAUAUGGGUAACGUUGGGAAUGUUAUGGAUGGUACCUUUGUCCCUAAAAUUGAAGACGGAUUCACGGAGUUACAAGAUUUUACAAUCUGGGAUUGA